AUGUUACUGACACAGAAGUUUGUCUCUUUCGUUGUAGUGUCAUACAUUGGUGCUAUAUGGUCUCUAUACACUUGUAUCACAACUUCGUAUUCUUUUUUGGAUGCUAUUUGCAUGAUCACAGAGGGUUCUCACGCGCUUAUAUGCGGAAAUUUUGUACUAUUGCACAUUAUUUUACUGUCAAGGUGGUUUGUUAGGUUCCUCUUUGGUGAGCUAAGAUUGAUCGAAUACGAGCAUAUACUGGAAAGGAUAUCAUAUGUUGUGCUCCAUUUUAUCAUGACAUAUUCAGGAGCAACAGAUGGCCAUAUUUUAAGCCUAAUACUAAACUGUGCCCUCUUGGUGUUCUGUAAGACAUUGCACUGGAUUCUCAGGGAUAGAAUGGAUUUCACUUUCCAGGCUACUGCUGUUCAUACUAGAAUAUCCUCAUUGAUUUGUUCUAAAUAUAUGCUGAGCCUUCUCAUUAUUUUAACGAUGGAUGGAUUGUUAUCCUUAUAUUACCUAAGCUUCUUCAAGCAGUCAUCUUCAGUUACAGAAGGAAUUAUACUUUUCUCUGAGCAUUUGAUUAUAUCUGCUGAGAUGGUAAAAAUACUACUGUUAACUGGUUUGAACUUCUUGGAGAUAUACACGAUUAAGCAAAGAUCAAGAUCCCAUAGAAUCGUCGAACCAGUCGAGAAUGACGGUAUUGGCCAGGGUAUUGAUUUAGAUGAAGAGGACGAAGACAACCUAAUCGGGAUAGAAGGAAAGUUUAUAUACGAAAAGUUGUUUGAAAUUAUCACCAACACCCUUCAAAUAUUGAUUAAAUUUGUCGCUUCUUUCUUACUUUCAAGACCAAUGACUACUAUAAGUGCAUUUUGGGAUACUGCUAUGACAUUCAAAUCGGCAAGGGUCCUAUGGAAGAGUUGGAAAGGCAGUAAGAGUUUGGAUGCAUCAUUGAAAGACGCAACAGAUAGUCAGAUCGAGAACGGUAUGUUUGAUCUUUGUAUUGUUUGCAUGGAAGACUUUGUUUCAAGUUCUGAACGUAAGAAUGAAGGAAAAAAGGUUAAAAUACUCCCAUGCGGACACGCUUUACAUCUCUCAUGCUUGAAGAAUUGGAUAGCAAGAUCUCCAACAUGCCCUAUUUGUAGAGUUCCUAUUUUUGAUCAAGCUGGAAAUAUAGUUCCUUAUCCAGCUGAUCAGUCUUCUACAGAAAACAAUCCAGCUAAUACCGAUGAUUCUCAAGAGCGGAAUAACUCCAUGGAAGUAGAGUCAGAUAACACCAUAUCUAAUAACACUGACGAGGGAAUCACAUCUACUUCUCAUUUAACAAGUCCAGAGAAUAUAACAGUUGCCACUACGCGGAGAUCCUCUUUAGUACUUCCUGUUGAAAGCAGUAACGAAAACACUCAUACUUUUAGGAUAGUCACAGAAUCAGGAAAACAACUUGAAGGGUCUAUUUCUUUGAAAAAUAAUAUGGACCUUAAUCAACAAUCUAUUACGGUGCCUCAAAACCUAUUUGAAGAACAGGAUGCUUCACAAUUGAAAAGGAAGGUCGCUGAACUUGAAAGUAUGAUAGAAGAUCUUUCAAAAAAAGUAAAGAGGGAAUGA